CAAGUAACUAAUCCUGGGACAUUAUCCAAGGUGUUGAACUCGGCCCCCUUGGGCUUGAGAAAUUAUGCGCCAAUGAGCUCUAUACAAUCUAAGCAGUUCUUUCAGUCGGUCAACUAAUUAACUGAAACCCACGAAGAAUCCCCACAAAGGCAAAGUGAAAAACUUUCCCCAAUUCAAUGGCGGAGAAAUUGGCUCCCGAAAAACGCCACAGCUUCUUCCACAACGGUCAGAAGGUUUUCGAAUGGGAUCAAACGCUGGAAGAGGUGAAUAUCUACAUCACUCUGCCUCCAAACGUACCUACCAAGGUCUUCCAUUGCAAAAUACAGUCCAAACAUGUUGAAGUUGGCAUUAAAGGCAACCCUCCUUAUCUCAAUCAUGAUCUGAGCUCUCCGGUGAAGACUGAUUCUUCAUUUUGGACUAUAGAGGAUGAUACGAUGCACAUAACCCUGCAAAAGAGAGACAAAGGCCAAACAUGGUCAUCACCUAUUCUGGGUGAGGGUCAGCUCGAUCCUUACUUAGCUGAUCUCGAACACAAGCGCCUUAUGCUUCAAAGAUUUCAGGAGGAGAACCCAGGAUUUGACUUCUCACAGGCUCAGUUUUCAGGAAACUGCCCUGAUCCGAGGACAUUCAUGGGUGGGAUCAAGUCUGAUUGACAACUCAACUUGAAUAUUUCAGUAGACAUGCAUACCUGGGAUCAGGUCCUGUUGACAACUUGUAUAACCAAGAUAAUAUGUACAUUGACUCUGUUUUAUCUUAACCCUCUAGUAAAUUAGAUGGUGAAAUUGGCCUUUCUCUAAAUUCUGCACAGCGUGCUAAUUCUUAUCAGCUAUUCAUCAAUGCUAGCAUUGUGCAGUUUUCAUGGCCAUAUGCUUCUUGUGCUUCUUUGUAAGUUGUUAUCUUAUUAUGUUAUAUGAUUUCAUUUUGAC